AUGACCGUCGCCGUGCCUCUGAGCCACAACCGCCGCUCAUCCCUCUCCGUCGUACCCAUGAUGAAGUCUGCGGGCGAGUCGGCCGGCAGCUCGUUCCCAGGCAACCGGAAAGCUAGUAUCGUUAGCACGCAAAACUCCAAAUCUGCACCGCCGCCGCCAAUGCGAAAGGAUACUCGGACCGAAUAUGCAAAUGGAUCACACGGCUCGUCAUCGUCGCAUAAAAAGGUGUACCGGCAGCACUACGAGUCUUUCGACGUGAUCAAGGGCCCGAUAUCGAUUCAGAUGCAAAUCCACUUUGUGUGGUAUGGGAUUCUACUGAUCAUUGCACACUAUGCGCACUUCCUGACACUGCAGUUCUGGACUCUGCCACUAUACUGCUUUUCAUGUUAUGCGGUCGUCCAAGUCUCAAGGCUCCUCAAUCACGUCUCAUCAAUAUCCAUGAUACCAAUGUACCUCAGCUACAUUCCGUACUGCAUUUUCCAUCUGCUUGCCCGGGACGCCCAUCUCCUCUUUGGCGUCCUAUGGUUCGUGUCGAUUAUGGGAAUCAACCUCCAGAUCGGGACCUACGAUAUGAACAAGCACGUCAUUGGAUCCAGUGUCAUUUUCUUGACACUCUACCUAUGUCUGACCAAGAUUAUGGAGGCCUUCUACACCGAGUCACCAAACUCGAUCCAGUUCCUAGUCGCCUCGGCUGCUUCCGCAAGCGUGGCCAGUUGCCAGGACACGAACGUUGCGACCGUCUUCGACUCCUAUUCGGGCAACUGCUACCUGACCUUCAGCGUCAAUUGGUCCGAAGAAGCCACAUUUGUUGUUAGUCUCUUUCUGCUGGCAACGGCGCUGUAUAUGCUACAGCGGUUCAUACAGCUCUAUUCGUUCAGCUUGAUCGACCGUCAGAAGCAUGUGGCGCGGCUCUUCAAGCUCAAUGCGGAUCUGGCGACACAGCUGAAAGCCCUGCGCAAGGACGAUCAGCUGGACCUCGAAUCGCCCAUCACCAAAGUCAUCAAGGUGAUUCGAAACUUCCAGGACACCUGUGAUUUCAACGCCGACACCAUGGAGAGUCUCGACUUUGUCGUUCAGAUCCUGUCCUCGAACCGGCUGUUUAUGCCUAACCUCAACGUUGGAAAAGAAGCCAUGGACAGCGACGUGAACCAAUGGCUGAACGCCAUGAUCACAAACCAAAGCUCCACCAACCCAAACUCCACCACCUCCAUCUCGAAUCUAUAUGCUCAGCCCGUGAUUGAAGUCAUCACCAAAUCCGUUUCGAGCAACGAUUCCAGGAUCAACGAGGUGCUCGAAAAAAUAGACAGUUGGGACUUUAACAUCUUUGAAUUGAACGAAGCUACCCAAGGCCGCCCCUUGUUCUAUCUCACCAAGGCCAUCUUCGACCGAUGUAACUUCAAAGGGCACUUUAAUAUCGAGGAGUCUGUUUUGGAUAGCUUCUUGACCAAGAUCGAGUCAGGAUACAACAAAAAUGUCCCGUAUCAUAACUCGAUGCACGGAGCCGAUGUCAUGCAUGCAAUCUACUACUUUAUCUAUGUGCUCGGUCUGGACGAGUUUUUGACGAUGGAGGACUUGUUGAUGAUGCAGGAUUGCUUCUCGGGAAUCGUGGCUGGCGCCAUCCACGACUUUGAGCACCCUGGCGUCAACAACGCCUUCUUGGUCAACAGCAGCGCGCAGCUGGCAUUGCGGUACAACGACCAGGCUGUUUUAGAGAACUUCCACUGCUCGAGAGCGUUCGAGGUGAUGACGAGCAGCCCCGAUUGCAACAUCCUGGGCAAGUUCGCGCCGGACCAGUUCAAGCCGAUCCGAACAUCGAUCCUGUCGACGGUGCUGGCAACCGACAUGGCUGGGCACUUUGAGUACAUUGCCAAAUUCAAAAACAAGAUCUCUGGAGCGGGAUUUGACUUUAAUGAUCAGAAGGACAGACAGCUGCUGCUGGAGAUGUGCAUCAAGUGCGGCGACAUCAGCAAUGCAGCCAAGGCCACGGAGCUGUGUACAAAGUGGGCCUACCUGAUCAUGGAGGAAUUCUUCCGACAGGGCGACGAGGAAAAGAAACGCGGCAUCCCGGUGUCGAUGUUUUUCGAUCGCCACAACACUGUCAUUCCAAAGUGCCAAGUGGGAUUCAUCGACUACAUUGUCAGCCCGCUGUACGAGGCCUGGAACACGUACAUCAACCAGGACGGCGACUUUCCCGCUUGGGACAAUGUGCAAAAGAACCGAGAGCACUGGAAGAAGCUGCAAGAGUCGGAGCUCAUCACAGUGACAGCACAGGGCGGGCCGCCGGCCCCCAAGACAUCUUAAGUAGCCGAAUGCGUUGCUUUGGAUCCAGCCGCAUC